CACUCCCCCCGCCAGACUCAUCCGAGGAAAGGAGGCAUGUGAGCCCCACUCCGACAGUGGCCAGCUUCGGGGGGUGUCACGCAGCCCGAUGGCGAAGUGGCUGCGGGACUACCUGAGCUUCGGGGGCCGGAAGCCCCCUCCGCAGCCGCCCACCCCGGAUUACACGGAGAGCGACAUCCUCCGCGCGUACCGCGAGCAGAAGGACCUGGACUUCGAGGACCCCUACGAGGACACGGACCUGCGCCCCGAGCCGGACCCGGCGGGCGCCGCCGGCGACGCCAGGAGCCCGGGAGAGGUCAAGUACGAUUCUCCCAAACACCGACUCAUCAAGGUAGAAACCGCCUCGGACGCCAGGGCCAAGGCCCUGCUGGGCUGCCCUGGGGACGAGUCGGACGGGGACGCCGAGUACUCGGACCCUUUCGAUGCUCAGCCUCCGCCACCAGCCCCCGACGACGAUGACGGCUAUAUGGAACCCUAUGAGGCCCAGCGGGUGGUGAGCGAGUUCCCAGGUGGACCUGUGCACCUGUAUGACACGCCCUACGAAGGACAGGGCGAGGAGCCGGAAGAGGACGCGCGGUCCGCGGCGAGGCCUCGCCAGAGCCGGCUGCCCCAGGGGGAUGAGCGACCGGCAGAUGAAUAUGACCAGCCCUGGGAGUGGAAGAAAGAGCAUAUCUCCAAGGCCUUUGCAGUGCAGUUUGACAGCCCCGAGUGGGAAAGGACCUCAGGCUCUGCCAAGGAAUUCCGGAGACCCCCACCCAGAAGCCCUCAGCCUGCAGAACGUGUAGAUCCAGCCCUGCCCCUAGAGAAACAGCCGUGGUUUCAUGGCCCACUGAGCCGGAUGGAGGCCGAGAACCUCCUGGCACUCUGCAAGGAAGGCAGCUACCUCGUGCGUCUCAGCGAGACCAGCCCCCAGGACUGCUCCCUGUCCCUCAGGAGCAGCCAGGGAUUUCUGCACCUGAAGUUCGCUCGGACCCGAGACAACCAGCUGGUCCUGGGUCAGCACAGCGGCCCCUUUGCCAGCGUCCCCGAGCUGGUCCUGCACUACAGCUCCCGCCCACUGCCCGUGCAAGGCGCUGAGCACCUGGCCCUGCUGUACCCGGUGGGCACCCAGACCCACGGCCCCUGAUUGGGAGUCUCGGCCG